UGAUUCAAACAAUAAAGAAACUAAAUUAUGUAAACAAAUUAAAGAUAUUAAAAGCUCAGGCAAAAAUUCUUCAAUAUAUGAUAAGGUUAAAUCAGCACGAUUCAACUAUCAGACACAUCCACAAGCUAUUUAUACGAGUCGACUUUUAUAUCUCCAAAAACUUCCUGAACCAGCGAUAGUAUAUACUAAAAACAUUGUGGCACUGGCACUUGCACUGACAAAAAGUUCAGGGCAUAAUAAAAAAAAUUGA